AAGUUUUUAACCUCUUUCUUUUGAAAAUCAUUUUUUGUUUGUAUUCUUGCUUGGAAUGAUUGCUAAAUGCUCGUAUUUACAAUUGCUCCUAAUUACUCCCAUUCAAAAUUUAACUUUUACUACAGUUUGAUUUUAUUUGAGUUGUUUCUUGCAUGCUAGUUUUGUCUUCAACUUUGUCACUUGGUUCAGUUGAGAAGUAACUACCACCAGUGAUUGUUGAGAGCUGUUGUUGAUUUGAAUAUUUUUGAAUUGAGUUUCAUUUCAUUGUCAAGUUGAUAAAGCAUGGCUCAUACCGGUAUACUCUUUAGUCUCUGCAUUUUUUUCAUCUUUGCAGUUUCUAGAAUUGAAGGAAAAACCAAGUAUGAGCCUAACUGGGAAAGCCUUGACAGCAGACCAAUUCCAAAUUGGUACGAAGAUGCCAAAAUUGGAAUUUUUAUUCACUGGGGUGUCUUCUCUGUUCCAAGCUUCGCCACCGAAUGGUUCUGGAAAAAUUGGAAAAGUAAUCGUGCGGAUAUUUCUCAGUUCAUGAAGAAAAACUACCCCCCGAAUUUUAGCUACCAAGAUUUCGCCGCUCAAUUCACUGGUGAACAUUUUAAUGCAACAAAGUGGGCCGAAAUAUUUCAAAACUCUGGUGCCCAGUACAUCAUAUUUACCAGCAAACAUCAUGAAGGAUAUGCAAUGUGGCCAUCACGUUACUCUUUCAGUUGGAACUCAAUGGAUGUUGGACUUAAACGUGAUAUUAUAGGUGAACUGUCUGAAGCGAUUCGAAAAAACACCAACCUCCACUUUGGACUGUAUCACUCUCUGUAUGAAUGGUUCAACCCGAUGUACUUGGCAGAUAGGGCCUCCAAUUUCAGCACUCAGACAUUUGUAGACCAGAAGAUCAUACCAGAAAUGAGAGAACUGGUCUUCAAAUACAGACCGGAAGUAAUUUGGUCAGAUGGCGAGUGGGAAGCAGCCGACACGUACUGGAGGUCCCUGGAGUUCAUAGCAUGGCUGUACAACUCGAGUCCAGUCAAGGACACAGUUGUAGUCAAUGAUCGCUGGGGUAGCAAAACACUGUGCAAGCAUGGCGGCUUCCUAACCUGCUCUGACCGUUAUAAUCCAGGCAAGCUCCAGUCGAGAAAAUGGGAAAAUGCUUUCACACUGGACAAAGAGUCAUGGGGUUAUCGGAGAGAAGCCAAUCUUGAAGAUUAUAUGACUAUUGGAGAGAUUAUUAACUUGAUUGUCGAAGCGAUAAGUUGCAAUGGUAACGUGGCACUGAACGUGGGGCCAACAAAGGAAGGCACUAUCAGUCCCAUCUACCAGGACAGACUGGCCAGUUUGGGGAAAUGGUUGAAAGUGACCGGACCUGCGAUCUACAAGUCACGCCCCUGGCUUCAAUGCCAGAAUGAUACGCUCACUUCGAAUGUGUGGUACACAUCAAAACCUGGAAAAGGCAACCCAGAGAUAUUUGCUAUCGUUCUGUUCUGGCCCAAAGACGGCUACAUUGAUCUCGGCUGCUUGCACAGCAAGAAUGUUGUCAGGGUUUCUAUGUUUGGAGUGGACAACUGUUGCGGAUUUGAGACCAGAGGAAACGGUUUGCGGGUCAUCUUCCCAAACAAGGCAGAGACUAGCAAUGACUGGGCAUGGGCUCUAAGCAUAUCUUACUCUGAUACUUCCGACCAGGAACCUCGCUAUGAAACACAAACCGAGUUAUAGAUUGCAACAAUUUUAUACUGUAUUCUAUUUGCUAGUCAUGCAACAAGGCAUUUUCCGUUAAAAUUUGAAAUUCUCUGCAUAAGAUACUCGGGUAUUCAACCACAUGGAGCUGGGACACUACCUCCGUAAAUGAAGCCGUAGUGCAUUCGUGUGACGUCAGCACAGGUAGGGCUCCUUCACCAAUGAAAACACUAGCUGAUAUAGAUUAGCUGAAAUCAACGAAUUUUUAUUGGCGUAGAAGCCCUACCUGUGCUGACGUCACACUAAUGCACUACGGCUUUGUGUACGGAGGACGUGGCUUGUCUAGCGACCUGUUUUUUAUUGAAGAUGUAUUCAAUAUUCAAAUUCAAAAUGUUUUUAUUGACGUGGACAGUUUUGUUAUUGACAUGUCAUCAGGUGAACAUUUUGCAUACUCAAAACCAACUUUCACCAACUUUGCCAUUAUCUUCAGGCUACUUACAACUUGAUUUUUAGGCUUCUUACAACUCCAAUCCAUGCUCUUUUUAGGCGUCAAUGGAUGCUACCUAUUUCUAUUCAACUCCUGUUCAUGCUGUGAUUAAUUAUCAAUGUAUUGGUAUUACCCAUUUCAAAAAUGUUCUCAUCAGACUUAUCUGCAGAUCGGCCAAUAUUAUCGUUAUGAUAUAAUCUUAUUAUGGAAAUAAUUAUAAUAUACACAUUCCAAAAUAUUAUGCUCAUACCGCUUAAAGGUAGGCGCACACAGAUCGCCAUCGGACGGACGGCACGCAUCGGACGAUUAGACUUCCGCAUCGUAUAGGUUUGCGCACUCCAAUUGAAAAGAAUGCAUCAAAUCUAAUCGUCCGAUCCGUCCGAUGUGUGCCGUCCGUCCGAUGACGAUCUGUGUGCGCCUGCCUUUAAGGAGAACAUGGGAUUUUUGUAAGUCGACUAUUUUUGAAUUAGAUUUACAUUAAUUGUUUAUCAAUUUCAAACCACACAUUCCUCAAGUUUUUUUCCUCUUAUGUAUAUAAAUCUUAGUACAUGUUUCUCUACUCCUCUUAUUUCUUAUUUAAUCAGAAAAAUCCAUCCGAUCAGCUCAAAAUUUACUGAAUUUAGUUUCACUCAAAGUAGUUGAAUUAAACUUUUUCUCUUAUUGUUUCAAAUUUUUCCUCCUGCAAUUAAUUUCUUCUUUGUGUGUGACCGGCUAGCUCUGUAUUAUUCUGUAAUAAUUGAAUACCCAUGACAGUGUUUCCCUUCCUUAUUUCAAUAUUAAUUUUUUCACUAUAAUGUCUUUGUAAUUUCAAAUUAAACUGUAUGUAAUUGCAUUUUGUGAAUAGAAUUUCUCUAAUGAAGAUUUUGUUUAGUGUGUGACGUGUAGUUACAUUAGUUGUUUUGUUUGUUUUUUAGUUUUAUCAAGUGAUGCAUUUUUUCUCAAUUUUGUUAUUAGUUCUUAUCUGAUUUUAUGUUCAAUAAUAAAUAUGUCAACUAGUUGUUUUUCA